AUGAGGGAGGAGUCUUUGGUGACAGCGUCGCGGAGUGCUGCGAAGAGCGGCAGCGGGCGAUGCAGCUGGGCAAGUGGGAGAAAUUGGCGGGCGGUGGCGGUGGCGUCCGUCGCCCUCGUCGCUCUGACCAGACGCGUGGCGGCGCAGAGCGAUGAGGUCUUGGACCUGUACCCUUACAAGGGAUGUUUCGUGGACAAACACGGAGAGGAUCGCGCCAUGGAGCACAUGUCGAUCAUCCCAGACCUUACGCUGGAGCACUGCGCCAUGAUCUGCAUGGAAGAGGGCUACGCGUACGCUGGGCUGGAGUGGCAGAUCGAGUGCUUCUGCGGGAACAGCUACGACAAGUGGGGAGACUCCACAUCGUGCGACAUGUACCUUGCCGCAGAGCCCACCGUCGAGGCCGGCGGGGACUGGGCCUUGUCAGUCUACGGGCUCCCGGAGGUGCUAGACGUUAACUCGAACUCGGCGGCCGCGGUUGCCGCUUCGGACGGCGGGAGCGACAUCAUAACGGCCGCCACCUCGCUGAGCGACCUGGGCGCCGUGGAGAGCGGGAAGCGCGCCUUCACAGUGGUGAACGAGUGCUCGCAGGACGUGCGCGUUGGGUCUACCGGGGGAAGGAUCACGUUCGGCUCCGGAACGGACCCCGAGAGCAAGGACAACUGCGACGCCUGGGGUCUCUCUGCCACGUACAACACCGGGCCCAUGGGAAUCGGGUGCUACUGGGACUUCCCGGAAGAGGAGUCGGGCAACACGGACCGCAUGCUCUCGCCGGGACAAGCGUUCCGCUACUACCUCCACGAGACGGACUCCGACGUGCGCUGGAGCGGGACCAUCUGGGGCAGCACCGGCUGCGACAAGAUCGCCGGGUGCGCGACCGGGGUGUGCUACUCCCCCUCGACGGACUACAUCUGCCCGGCGUACGUGGGCCCCGGCGGCCCCACAACUAAGGCUGAGUUCACCCUCAGCGAGACCGGCAAGGACUACUACGACAUCUCGGCUAUCGACGGGACCAACCUCCCCAUGAUGAUCGAGCCCGAUAACCCGAUCUUCCCGAACAGCACGGACCAAAACAUCAUGAAGUAUCAGUGUGGGUCGCCAGGGGCACCGGUGUCGCACCACAGCGACAUUGACGGCUGCACCUGGUCGUACGAAAAUACGGUUCCCGAUUUGCAUGGAUCGGAGGACUUGAGCCAGUUCCUGCGCCUCGUGCUGCCCGGCGAUUACGAAAACACCACCGUGUGCGUGAGCGACGCGGACUGCACCACCGGCAUCUGCGGCGUGCACCCCCAGCGCUGGGCGGACGGCUCCUACAAGGGGGGCGUCGAGCAGGGCUCCUGCGGGGAGCACAUCGCGUGGGUGACCGCCGGCGGCGCCUGCGCGGGCGGCUGGGAGGACGGAGAGUUCCCGGACGCCCACCCCUUCUUCUGUGGCAGCGAGGUCACCGGCGGCAUGCGCUCGCACAUGUACGGGUGCUACGGCACCACCCUCGCACACUCGGGGUACACCCCCGGCGCGGACACGACGGCCUGCGGGUGCCCCGAGUGGGAGGAGCCCCCGUACAAUCUGACGGCGCCACCGAUCUCGGACUGCAACGGCAUCAACCCGGAGUGGGUGGAGCUGUCCAUGCCCUGGCACGCGCACCAGAAAAGGGCGUGCCCCACCGCCUACACGUUCCCGUACGACGACCAGACGUCGACCUUCACCUGCUUCGACGGCGACGGGCCGGGCAACCCCAACACGCAGAGCUACACCAUCACCUUCUGCCCAGGGGAUACGGAGGAGAACAUGUUCGGAUGA